AUGGCAUCUUUGUACGUAUUUGUUCUGCUGAUAUCCUACGAACUUGCACUUGUAAAGACAGCCUCUCGAGACAGAAACAGGGAAGCGUAUCAGUGUUUGGUGUGCCAGUAUACGAUUGACGAAAUAAAUGAGGAAAUUAAAAAAGUGGACCCCCGGAAGACUUUAGAAGUGGGCGGUUACUGCUCAAACUUAGAAAACGAAGAUAAGAAAAUUCCAUAUGCACGCUCUGAAGUAGGCCUCGUCGAGAUAUUUGAGAGAGUGUGUGGUGCGUUUGAGAACUACUGCAGGGCCAAGUACAAAGACACGGGAAGCCCAACUAUUUUAAAAUACUUUACCAGCGAAAGGGACUCACUCAACCCAGAGAUGGCUAAAGUAGAUGUAGUCACGGAUUCGGACCUGAAUGAAAGUUUACGCUAUUACUGUGAACAAAUCAUCGAAGAACAUCAGGAUGAACUUUUGAGAUAUUUUGGGAGAGAUGAUCCUGACAUAAAAGAAAAAAUUUGCAUGCAAAAGGUAUGUCGCCAACGGAUAACUCCUGGAAACUACGGUGAGCCAUUGAAGAGCGCGGGAAACGAAAAGUCGUUCGUUCCUGGCGAAGACUUUGUUGAUUUCGAAUUUAUUAACUACCAUUUACCAUUUACCAAGAAAAAUGAUGGAGUUAAGAUUGAGGGCAAGAGGGAGAUCGAGAACAAAACGGAUCGAUACAAUAAAGAUGAGUUUAAGGAGGAGAAACCCUCUAUGGAAUCAAAUUGUGGAAAAAGAAUGGUGGAAAGACCGAGUAAAGUGGUGAAGUACCAAUGA